AACCCACCCCCCCCUCCGAUCCUUCCGGUCUCAACCACGUCCACAACCACCGCCGGCUCCGUCCAAUCCCAGGCCCCGAUCGCCACCCCAGCCUUCCGCGCCUUCCUCACCCACAUCUCGGAAAAUCUCCGCAACGGCCUCUCCCAGCGCCGCCCCUGGUCCGAGCUCUUAGACCGCUCUGCCUUCGCCAAGCCCGAGUCGCUCUCCGAAGCCACCGGCCGCGUCCGCAAGAACUACUCCUACUUCCGCGUCAACUACCUCGCCACCGUCGCUCUCAUCGUCGCCGUCUCCCUCUUCACCCACCCCUUCUCUCUCCUCGUCCUCCUCGGCCUCCUCGCCGGCUGGCUCUUCCUCUACCUCUUCCGGCCCUCCGAUCAGCCCCUCGUCAUCUUCGGCCGCACCUUCUCCGACACCCAGACCCUCUGGGGCCUCAUCGCCUUCUCCAUCUUCGUCGUCUUCCUCACCUCCGUCGGAUCCCUACUCAUCUCGGCUCUCCUCGUCGGCGCUGCCGUCGUCUUCGCUCACGGCGCCUUUAGGGUUCCCGAGGACCUCUUCUUGGACGAGCAAGAGCCUACAGCCUCCACUGGCUUCCUCUCCUUCCUCAACGGCGCUGCCUCCAAUGUCGCUGCCGCCACAGCCCCGGCCGUCAUCGCCGCUCGCGGUUGAUCUUAUCUAUCUCCUCCCCAUUGUCGUUGAAUCGCGCUCAAGAUGAUGAUGGUAUAAGUAGUUAAAUUCAUAUUAUAGUUUGUUCUCAGACAACAAAAAAGAAAAAAGUAAUAAUAAGGUUGACGUUUUUGUCCUACAAACAUAUUUAGGGUGGGUUUUGUUGUGCGCAAUUUGUAUGGAUCUGUGUAUCUUCGUUCUAAUUUAGAUAGAAAAUUCAUGUUUUUCCAUGGUUCUUCGGUGGAUCUAUCAAUCGAACUUCUGUCCCUCUAUUUCUUGAUUUGAUUUUGUCGAGUACAAAUUGUAACUGCCACAGAUCAUUGAUAUAAAUGAUUCUUUUUGUUCUACUCUCUG